CGGUUCGGCCUCGGAUGGACUUAGAUUGAGGCGUGAUCCCCGGGUGCCGUUAGAAACUUCCAGAGCCACCGGCUGCCACAGAGGAAAGGAAGGACCCGGCUGUCAAGACCCCGACGCAUGGAGAUGACGUAAUCAGGCAUUUGGACUGCGGGAGCAGGCAUGCAGAAAGCGCCUCACUGAAAAGCAAAUGCUGCUCGGCUUCUUUCUAUUCUUGUGUCCAGAAUAAACUCCGUAUCGGAUGACAGUGAUGUUGCCUCUGAAGGAGAAGGAUAAACCCAUCGUCAAGAAGCUGCUGUCAGCUGGCUGCUGUGCUCGCUGUGUCCUCAGGUUCUGCUGCGUGAGCGUCCAGGCUGCUUAUCGACAAGCACAUCAGGAGACGCUUAAAGAACUACAGGCUUUCAUUAAAGAAAAGGAGACCAAUGAAGCUCAGGAUUCAAUGCCUCAAACCUCCACCCAUGAGAUCAUCAAAUCCCAUGAUGCGGCGUUGUCUUUAGCUGUUGAAGAGCCUCCCUGUAAAAGAGCUAAGCCGGAUCCCACAGAGACUGAUGGGUCAGAGUCGGGUUCUGCCGCCCUGGUCUGUGUGGUGUGUUUGGGAAUCCUUCAGGAUUUAUGUGGCCCAGCUCAGGCAAAAAAGAUUGCUGAGACAGUGAAGGCCGAAAACUACCAGUUUGACACGCUGGUCCUGUCCGUCUCUCUGCCGGCGCAGCUCUGUGUGCGUGAGCACUCCUGUUGGCUCCACGUAAAGAAGGAAGUCAGAGAGAAGGGAUUAGUGCUGGACAAAGAUGAUGUCAUCCAGGUGAAAGAGGCCUUCAAGUGGAUCAUCCAGGGGUUGGUCACAAAAGAGCUUGUCGGCGUUGCUGUGGUUGGUAAGGUAGGUCGCAUCAAGACACUGAAAGCACAGCCGGUGGAUAUUAAACUCUCAGCUUAUCAGCUAUGUUUGUUAUGUUUCUUCCAUUUCUCCAGACAUUACCCGUGUCCUCCAUUAGAGGCGAGCAGCGGCUGCACGCCUCAGGACAUCCAGUGCCUUCACGUGUCUGUCUUCAUAGCAGGGAGGUAUAACAAGUUCUGCCGCAGCCUGCCACAGACUCCCUGGGUGAUCGAUGGAGAGAGGAGGAUGGAGUCGUCUGUAGAGGAGCUGAUCGCUGCUCCGAUCCUGUCUGCCUUCAGAGCCGACGGGUUUAAUUUCUCCUCGUCGGGCAGAGAGGAUGUGGAUGUCAGAACUCUGGGAAACGGUGAGUUUCUUCUGCUUUAUUGGAUGGUUUUAUUAACUCAGACCAUAAACGAUUCCUCAGAGAAAGUCAAAGUGAGAGACCUGCAGAUCGUAACCAGAGAGGCCAUGAGUCGGAUGAAGGAGGGAGAAGAAGAAAAGACCAAGUCGUACACGGCACUCGUCUGGACCCAGAAGGCCAUCGAGAAAGAAGACAUCGCCUUUAUUGACGACAUCAAGGAUCUGACUCUGGACCAGAAGACUCCUCUACGGGUUUUGCACCGACGGGCGUUGGCCAUCCGGCAGAGGGUCAUCCACAGCAUGAACGCCCGCUUCGUUGACCCGCAUCAUUUCUACCUUGGACUGAAAACACAGGCUGGAACCUACAUCAAGGAGUUCGUCCAUGGAGACUUUGGCCGCACCAAACCCAACCUGUGUCAGCUGCUGAAGACGGACACCGACAUCCUGGAGCUGGACGUGGAGUCUGUGGAUGUGGACUGGCCCCCACCCAUACCAGAGUGAAAGACAACCCCCCCUCCCCUCAUGGCUCAGCUCUGAGCGGACUGGUUCUGGUGCGGCUCGGCACUGGACUGGCCUUUUGAAGUGCUGCUGGGAGGCUGGAUGAUCUCGGUGGGAACGUGGCGUCUUCCUCCGUUCUGCUCGUUUUUGGCCCGGAUGAGUUUUUCUAUUUUUGUGGACGUAGCAAACGACCGAACCUUGAGUUUGAUCAUCGGUCUAGUUCUGUUGUAAUGAGCUGAAAUCGGGUCAUUUUUGUAGCCGGGACCAUUUAAAGCUGAAUAAAGGUUAACCUCCUGGUCCAACUGAGGCAGGUUCCCCAUCAGACGCUCACAAUGACGCUCUGUCAGAGAAAGGAGUGUUAUGUUGGAUUUUGUAUCUCAGUUAAAAAGUCCAGCUGAAGCGUCUGAAUCCCAGUUUCUUUUCUGUGGGACUUAAAAUGUCUUAAACCUUUAGAACAAACAUUAAACCUGAGGGGUGGAUAUAUCCACAUUUAUUCCCUCCCACCUGUCCAACCUUAAAUCUGAACAAGUUUAUUCACUAAUUAAAUAUUUUUUUUUCAUUAAGAGCGGCAAACUUACUCCUCCCUAAUAAA